UUUUGAUUUUUGUCUUUUGUUAUCAUUGUUCUCUUUGUUUUAUGUACAUUUUAAAAUGAAAUAAUAAUAUAAAACAUUUACAAAACAAGAAAGUUCCCCCCCUUCAGAUGUUUUCCCUCCCCUUCAAUUUUUAUUUAUCUAAAAUACCAGUUAUGUGCUGUCUUUCAAUAUCAAGCCCUCCCAAGAUGGUUUACAAAAGUUAACUAGCUUCAUAUACAUAGCAGGAAUACGGGGCUUCCAGAUAAGAAUCAUCAGUCUACCUGCUCCCUGGACCCCCAACUUAUAUUACUUUUACCCAUUCCUAUGAUCCACUUGCCCUGAGAAUUGAUACUUCUUUCUGGCAGGAGUCCUAGACUGUGGCAUGUCUGUAAAAAUACAGUUUAAAAAUCACACCUGCCCAGCUUUAUCCAACUUGCCUCUGAAUACCGAUUGCUAGAAACGGCAGGAGGGGAGAAUGCUCUUGUGCUCAGGUCCUGUGUGCCAGGCAUCUGUUUGGCCACUGUGAGAACAGGAUGCCGCCAACAUGAUUUUCAUGGCUGUGCCUCAGAGGCAGACCAGUUCCAAUCUGCAUUUUGCUUGGGCAUGGACAAACCCUCAGACCAUUUGGUCCAUCUAGGUUAGUACUGUCUACACUGACCAGAGGCAACUCUUCAAGGUUUCAGGCAAGCUUCUUCUCCCUUUGCUCUACCUGGAGAUGCCAAAGAUGAAACCCAGGACAUUCUGCAUGCAAAAUGUCCUGUCAUCUUGGUAUGAGACAUGAGCAAGGUUGGCCUGAGACUUUUUGGCCUCUGGGGUGAACCACGAAAUGGCACCUCCCCACUAGGGAAGAAAAGGUGAGUGAAGUUAUGCCUCAAGAACAAGGUGCGAUUAAAGAUCUUCAUCCAGAUCUGCUGCCUCUGUGGAUCCUGCCGCUAGAGGCAAUUGCCUCACCAUGCCUCAUGGGUGGGCCAGCCCUGGACAUGGGCAGGGGGACUUGUGGCCCUACAGAUGUCAUUGGACCCCAGCUCCCAUUACUGUAUUCCCAGGCAGCAUGACCAGUGGUCACGUAUAACGGCAGUCGCAAUCCAGCAAUAGUGAGAAUUCCGCCUUCUUGGUGCAAGACAAUAUUACGCUCAGCAAUGCGUUUUCUCUUUCUCUGUCACCUACCGCCCGCCCCCGGGGAAUCUUCCUAGGUGGAGAGACAGAGCAAGUCCCCUUUAAGGCCGAGAGUGACGUCAGCCGGACUCCGUCCGCAGUUUGCUGGGGCUGAUGCUGCCACCGGCCGGGAAAUUCUCUGGCUGCUUAGACUGAGUCAGCAGCGCGCGCGCACGCACAGAGGCUGUUGUUGGUCAGCUGGGCGCAUCUGCUGCGGAUCGCUGCACUUGCUAGUACACAAGCCUCUUCAACCCAGGUUGCUAACUUGCGAAAUAAGGAAGCAUACGGAUUUAAGGCAAGCCCAGGAGGCUGCAGGGGACUUUCCUGCGCGGGUUCAUUCGGAGUGAGGCGCUGCUGGUGUUGUUGCAGUUCCCUCUCCGCCUGAUCGGAAGUUGUUUCAGUCCGGUUCCUUCGCCAAUGGCUCCUGCUGGCGCCAUCAGGCACCUGAGCCUGGCGCUGGGCGCAGCGGUGGCCGCCCUGGGCUCCCUCCUUUUCAUCGCCUGGAAGAUCUACUUCCGAGACGUCAACGACAGCUGCAUCGGCUGGAGGGGGCGCUGGGAGCAGCAGCUGGAAGCGGAGCUGGGGCGCAACGCACCCGGAGGCGAGGAGCCACCUUCCUGUGAGUAUCAGAUUUUGGUCCUUGGUUUGGAUGGGGCUGGAAAAAGCAGCAUUAUCCACUAUAUCUGCAGCACAGAAGCCAAGAUGCACAUAGCACCCACUCAGGGCUUCAACUCAGCACAACUACAGGCCAAUGGGCUCCAGAUGGACCUCCUGGAGGUUGGUGGCAGCCAGAAUCUACGUUCGUACUGGAACCACUACCUCAGCAAAGCCCAUGUCCUAGUGUUUGUAGUGGACUCUGCAGAUGGUCUACGCCUCCACACUGCCCGACAGGAGCUCCAUGGCCUGCUAGCAGAGGACCCUCAGUUGCCUCUGAUAGUUCUCGCUAACAAACAGGACAAGAGUGAUGCGCUGAGUGUGGCAGAAUUGCACGAGGAGCUGGCACUGAACACCCUGAAACAUCAAAGGGAAUUCUUUCUCCUGCCCACAAGUGCUACUGAUGCUGGCCUGACCACCACAAACAGUGUUCUCCACCUGAAGAACCUGCUGCUCAAACUCCUGGCUCAGGUCUGAAGGUUCUUCAACAUCUCCAGGAUAUUCAAGCCAGAUGGAGCCAACUGUGCCAUCAUUCCUCUUAGCUUCUUGAGAUCUUAUCCUCAGAGAAACAGGCUUUCUAGGUCCUCAAAAGAAUUUUUUAGGUGUUUACUAAACCCCCUUCUGGAAAGAAGCCUUACCGUCAAUAUAACCAUUGAGACCUUGGCUAAAACAGGGGCAAAAUAUACUGACCAUGGUGAUAAUACAGUAGUCUUGGGGGUGGCUGCUGGCAUCGGCUGCUGAAAGUCCUAGGGAAUGGCACUGUCAAUACUUGCACUAAGAACUAUCACUUUGUCUCCAAGACUCGACACAGCAGGUCUAUAGGAAAAGUCUGUCCUGCGCAGGCUGGAACACCUCAUCCCUCACUGGCCUUUUGGGAAGCUGGGGAUUGACUGUGCCCCUAUGAAAUACUAUUAAAGCCUCACUGCAAUUAGUGGGGAACAGGAUGUACCGUCUCAAACUGCCAUGAGGGCUAGUCUGAGAGUGGGUGUUAAAGGGGCAUCUCAGCAGAGCACGUGCAAGCAGCUAUUCUGUUGAGGUGUCCCUGAUGGCUGUUAGGGCUUUAAAUGCUACUUAUUAGUGCAAUAAAAUCUAUUAUACCUGAUAAGCAACUUGAUGGCUUAGCUGAUCCCUCUCCAACAUACUAGAUGCCCUUGAAUUACAACCAUUUCCUUAGCAUAAGCAUGUUGGAACAAUUGUGCUUCUGAGGCACUAGCUCCUUGAGGCAUUUUUACAGCCAGUGUCCUUGCUCAACUUCCAAAGUCAAGUUAGCCCCCAGUGAAUUACUACCCUUAAUUUCUUUCUGAAGAAAGCAAGAGUUGUGAAUUUCAGUGAAAGGCUGCAGAAGGAACUGGGAAAUUUGAGGUACCUAAUAUGAAUUGCUGUGCCCAGGCUAAUGAAGCUGCAAAUCCCUUUCUCAGUUUGGUGCUAUGUUUGAUCUCAAGUCACCUGUCUCAGGACUCAUUCCUAUAGAAUCCAUAUUCCUCCUGAACUGGAAACUGUACAAUCAGAUAGUGUGGAUGGAACAUGCCAAGGGCCGGCCUCAGAGUUUGGGCUGCCUGUGAUGUGGAAGAAGUUGGUCUCAGACAAAAUGCCAAUCUUACCUCUAGAGAAAGGAAAAGUUUUACAUGUUCAGCCAGGCAGUCCUGCAGAGGGACCUUGUGUUUACAAGCAGAGUUAACCCAACCCUUGUGUGCUCUUUCGCAAACAGUACACAUGCCAACUUCCUGUUCCCUUUCCUCACAGCAGGAAAACAGCAGUAUUGCCUGAGCUUGGGCUACACUCCUUUUGCAAAACCUGAUCACCUCUCCUGUCCCAUCAAAGAUUAUGGGAAUCUUUGUUUGUGCCUGUGGCUCCCAGCCCUAAGUUCCUCUUCCUUGUAUGAAAUGGAUAAUUGGUGACCAACUGUUUACACUAUGCCCCCCCUCCCCACUGUAUCAAAUAAACCUUGAGUUGUUUGUCUCAGCUGUAAGGGA